UGGGGAGGAAACGGAGCUGCAAACUCAGUGCUGCUCGGCUGUACAGGGUGCAGGGCAGAGGGAGAGCCAAUCACCGAAACGCACAGGCUCCCUUUAAGCCUGACAUAUCUCCAGCAGGAACAAAUUGUCCCAACAAUCAACAUCCCAAUCUGCUGCGCGCAUCAGGGGCUGGAGUGGAUAGGGCCUGUGUGCUGCGCGGAAGGAUUGCGCUUGGAUUGCAUCGCGACAACAAACUACUGACACGUUAAAAAAAAACAGCCCCGAAAUAAAUAACUAAAGGACAGCUUUCGUUUUGGAUACGGACGUUUUGGGCGGAGGAGAGAACGCGGGCAUCAUGUCUAUAUUACCGUCCUUCGGCUUUACGCAGGAGCAAGUGGCGUGCGUCUGCGAGGUGCUGCAGCAGGGAGGAAACCUGGAGAGGCUCGGCCGCUUCCUGUGGUCCCUGCCCGCCUGCGAUCACCUCCACAAGAACGAGAGCGUCCUCAAAGCCAAGGCGGUGGUGGCCUUCCACCGGGGGAACUUCAGGGAGCUCUACAAGAUCCUGGAGAGCCACCAGUUCUCCCCGCACAACCACCCGAAGCUGCAGCAGCUGUGGCUGAAGGCGCACUACGUGGAGGCGGAGAAGCUGCGCGGCCGGCCGCUCGGAGCCGUCGGGAAGUACCGGGUGCGCAGGAAAUUCCCGCUGCCCCGCACGAUAUGGGACGGCGAGGAGACGAGCUACUGCUUCAAGGAGAAGAGCCGGGGGGUGCUGAGGGAGUGGUACACGCACAACCCGUACCCGUCCCCGCGGGAAAAGAGGGAGCUGGCCGAGGCCACGGGACUGACCACGACGCAGGUCAGCAACUGGUUCAAAAACAGACGGCAGCGGGACAGAGCCGCAGAGGCGAAGGAGAGGGAGAACAGCGAAAACAGCAACGCAGGCGGCAACAAACAGAACCAGCUGUCCCCGCUGGACGGAGGAAAGUCUCUCAUGUCCAGCUCGGAGGACGAGUUUUCUCCGCCCCAGAGCCCCGACCAGAACUCAGCGCUUUUGCUCCAGGGUAACAUGAGCCACCCGGGGGCCUCUGCUUACCCCAUGUCCGGCCUGGGGGCCCCACAGCCGGUGCACGGCAUGCACGGACACCCGCACCAGCUGCAGGACUCCUUGUUGGGACCUCUAACCUCCAGCCUUGUGGAUUUGGGCUCUUAGAGAGAGGCUGCCAGAUUAUUUUAUUUUACAACAACAAAAAAAGACUGAGAAGUGUAUGAGAUUGAGUACAUGUAUGAAAUAACACUAUAGUAGCCUCUACCUUAUAAUAUAGACUGACUUGUCUGUCGUUAAAUUUGGUGAUAGAACAAAAAAAUAUCCCUUUAUGCGCUUAUACCUGUGUUAUGGCCCCAGCUGUGAGGAGGGGGUGUUCUCCUCCUCCUGCACAUGAUCGACACACCAACGCCACCAGGACCUCUGUGAAACUCAAACACUUAAGUGGACUGACUGCCCCUGUGCUUUAUUUAUGAUAUUUUGUUAAGAUAAGAGAAGAGUUAUGGGAAAAGCUCCUGCGAUGGAAACUAAAGAGGUAACGUUUUCAUUAGAGUCAUGGUCAUUAGUUUCCAAUAAAACUAAAGUAACGCA